GCUGCGGGGGACGCGGGGACUGAAGCUGAGCCGCGACGGGUUGCGUACAGCCGCCGCCAUGCAGAUCACACUGAAAACACUGCAGCAACAGACCUUCAGGAUCGACAUCGAUCCCGAGGAGACGGUAAAGGCACUGAAAGAGAAGAUUGAAUCAGAAAGGGGGCAAGAUGCUUUUCCAGUAGCUGGCCAAAAACUAAUUUAUGCAGGCAAAAUCCUUAAUGAUGAUACUGCUCUUAAAGAAUACAAAAUUGAUGAGAAGAACUUCGUGGUGGUUAUGGUGACAAAACCCAAAGCAGCAGCUGGAGCUACUCAACAGUCAAAUGCUACUACCACUAUUAGCUCGACAACUGCAGCUCCCACACCAGUCACUGCGCCAGUCCCUGCUGCUGCCCCUGUGCCAGCUCCUGUCCCUCCACCACCAGCACUAGAUGCAGUUGCUUGUGAAUCUGAACCUGUGAGUGCUCCGAAAGAAGAGAAGCCAGUAGAAAACCCACCUGCUGAGGCACCAGCUGCUCUCAGCUCAUUAGCAACUGACAGUACAACAGGUGAUACAUCUCGAUCAAAUCUUUUUGAGGAUGCUAUAAGUGCACUUGUGACAGGUCAGUCAUAUGAGAAUAUGGUGACUGAGAUCAUGUCAAUGGGCUAUGAACGAGAGCAAGUAAUUGCAGCGCUGAGGGCAAGCUUCAACAAUCCUGACAGAGCAGUGGAAUACCUUUUAAUGGGUAUCCCAGGAGAUAAUCAAGCUGUGGCUGAACCCCCUCAAGCAUCAAACACUGGUGCCCCUCAAUCUUCAACAGUGGCAGCAUCAGUAGCAACUAUACCUACAACUACUAGUUCAUUAGGAGGACAUCCACUUGAGUUUCUAAGAAAUCAGCCUCAGUUCCAGCAGAUGAGACAAAUUAUUCAACAAAAUCCUUCCCUGUUACCAGCAUUGCUACAGCAGAUUGGACGAGAAAACCCUCAACUACUCCAGCAAAUAAGCCAACACCAGGAGCAUUUUAUUCAUAUGUUGAAUGAGCCAGUUCUAGAGUCCCACCAAGGUUUAAGUGGCAGUGAUGAUGGUGCCAGCACUGGAGGCGUAGUGGAAGCUGGAAAUGGUCAUAUGAACUACAUUCAAGUAACACCUCAAGAAAAGGAAGCUAUUGAAAGGUUGAAGGCAUUAGGAUUUCCUGAAGGACUUGUGAUACAGGCAUAUUUUGCGUGUGAGAAGAAUGAAAACUUGGCUGCCAACUUUCUCCUACAGCAGAACUUUGAUGAAGACUGAGAGAUCUUUUCUUUUUUUUUAAUUUCACACCUCACACCAGUGCAUUACACUACUUUCGUUCACUGGAUUGUCUGGGAUGUUGUGGUUUAUAUUCAUAAUACUUGGUAUAUGGGGAAGGGAGGAGAAAAGAACAUAGGAAACAAAGCAAAGAAAGCAUCAAGCUGUCUGCUUUAAAUUAGCAGAUGCAGAAAAAUCACACAGUGUAAAAUAAUAUGCAACCAAAAAUCAGCUUCUGCAGAUAAUUAAAUUCUUCUAUAAACUGUAGGUUACCUUUUUGCAGGUUUUCACUCUGACCAUACUAAUUCCAGAAAUGUAGUGUAAUGCCCUGCUUCGUGGUCUUUUCUGCUUAAUAUUGGUAUUGGAAGUAGCCUGUGCUAUCUAGAUUCUACAUUCUGUAUUUUAUGGCAACACUGGAUAUCAUCUUUGUGAAAUCCAAAAAAAUCUGAGUAAACAUACAAAGGAAUACCAAAACCUGGGCAGUCAUUUUGCUUUUUCAGAUGUGUGAAGGUAGGGCAAGAAGCACAGUAUUUUGUUUAAAGCUGGAUUAAAACAAUGUUGGCUUUUUUUUUUUUUUCCCAAAUGAAAACCCAUUUGAUUUCCAAGUGUCUUGAUCACUGAGAAAUGUCAGCUCCACCUUUUCCCCCCUUCAAAUGAUCUGAGAAGCUAUAUACAUACAGGUAAAAUUACCACUCUGUUUACAUCUUUUCUUUUGGGGAAAGUGUUCACUUUGAUGUUAUGUUGCAGUAAAAGUUUUGAAAGCAGUAGAUUGCAUGUUUGGUUUUGUUACACACGCUCCUGUGAAUUGAAUAUUUUUUCUUUCUGCCAGCAAACAAAAUGCAAGCUUCAGUUCUGUUCACAACAGUGAGACUUUAAUUAAAUCAAAAUUCAUCUUCCUGCCUUUGUCAAACCAGCUUUUAUAAUACAGGUGUAAGCAUCUACAGGUACUGGUUUCUGUUGCUCGUGAGCUAAUUGUAAUGAUCAAGCUCUUUCUGGGCAGUAAGGACUGUUUUUGGAGUUAUUUGAGGAAGAGAUGCUCAUAACUUGAGAUAUCAAGUAAACAAGUUAUUCCAACCCAAAAGAAUCUCCACUCAUAUCUUUCUAUGGAAAAUAAGCUGUGCUUAGAGAGUUUUGAAUCUUACUGCUUGGGACCUACUGACAUUUUUUUUUUAAGUCAUCACAAAGUGUAACUAUCUUUCUUUUAGUAUACAUUGAGUUUUGGAGACAAUUUUGCUCUUUGUUGCAAUGCUAGCAAAGAAUACAAAUUCCAGUUUGAUAGAAAGAUACCACGUGUGACGUUUCCUGAAUGCAGCUUGGGGAUGUUUUGAGUUUUUACAGCUGUACUCCAAUUACCUGGAUUAAAAAUCUAUCUCUACAGUAACCAAGAAGAUAUGAAUAGUGGUACAACAUAAUGAUGAGAUAUUAGCGAUUUAGUGGCACAACUGAAAAAUUUUCUGCCUAGAUUGUGUAUUGGUGGAUUAACUCUUUAACUACUGCCUAGCAGCAAAGUACAAGUCAAGUGUCUGGAGAGAAGAAAGUGAGAGAUUGUAAUGUUUUUAUUUGUAUCCUGUUUCUUCAUUGGUUAGCCGUAGUCUGUUAAACAAUUACCUGCACAAAAUAGUGAAAUGUGUUAAAGCCUUUUUCUUUUUUCUUUUUUUCCUUUGGCUUCCGUGAUGUUUUUUUCCAGUUAGUAUGUAUUUUAAUUAUUCAGGUUUUAUUCUUUUAAGAUCUCAUAGAUGUCUAAAUGAUCAGUAGCACAACCCAAAUCUAUCAUUAUCAGUAGAAGGUGUGAUAUUGCUAAAUAGAAAAUAAGUCUUUCAUAGUGCUUUCAUUUUAGAGAAGUUAAUAUAAAUACCUGAGUUAGACAGUAGAUUUCAGCAAAAUAGGAUCCUCAGUAUUUUUUCUGGACUGGAAGAGAUGAAUUUUGAUUUAACACUCUGCAAGCAGAAUGUUCAAUAGCACUCCAUUUGCAAUCUGUAGAAGGACCAGCUGAUAGGUACUUGAAAAAUGCCAAAUUGAUAAAAGGACUUCCUGAAUGUAUUGUACUACCUAGCUAAUAACUAAGGCAAAAGCUUUUAGUUUGUGGGGAUCUUCUGUACUGAUCAAACUGCCAUUAGAAAUAACCAAUCCUUCUCUAGGAGGAUUAAAGCAAAAAUGUCUGUUGGUGUUUCAGUCUGCUCCCUCCAAUUUUGAUUCUGAUGUGUUUACUUACUAGAAAUGUAUUUUAAUUGAAGAGUAUCGAGCUCUUUCUUUUUGAAAAGAAAGAUUAACUUUGGUCAUUGGUAACUUUGUGUGCUUAGUGACUGAGGAGUUUAAAGCUUCAGCUCUGGCUGAAGCCUUAGUAUUAAUUCUGUUCCCAUUUUUCAUCAGUGGGACAGUGCUUGUGUGACUUGUGAUGAACAAAGUGUGUCUGAGCUUAUAUGCUAGCAAAAACUGGGGAUACCUGCCAGGGAAAAUCAUGUAUUUCCUCAUAGUUGCUGCCAAAAGUUAAGAGUGUUCCAAAGGUAAGCGUGACCUGAGUAAGUUAAGUUGCCUGUCUGUACUGCAUCUUGUUUUCUGCCAAGAGUACUACCAGGAAUUUUCUGCACAGAGUGCUUUUCACCUUGUUUGCUGCAGAUAUCUUGGGGAUUUAGGGAGCAGUCUCCUCAGGGCUUUGUGAAC